AUGGCGCAGCUGCUUGCAGAGCGUCCGCAGCCGAAGACCAUGGAGGAGGCCAUGGCGGAGGCCUUGGAGGUGACGCGAUUGCUGCAGGCCAUGAAUGGGAAAAUCCCGGAGGAGGAGGAGCCUGCAGGCCUUUAUGAGGCCGGUGACAUCGUGGUGAUGGGGCAAGGCGAGUAUCGCAUGGAUUAUGCCGUGGUCACAGAGGUGGAGGAGAAGCACCUCACCGUCAUGGUGCUCAAGGAUGACCGGCGCACCGUGGCCGCCCAGUCCUGGCCAUAUAAGUCGGACGUGACUUUGGAGUCCAGGGCUGGGCGGCUUGGCAAAAAGGUUGCUAUCUCGCAGUGGAACUGUGGGAAGCAUGCCGGGCGCCGUGGGCAGGUCGCACUGGAUGCGCGCCACAAGGAAUUUCCGCUCUUCGUUCAGAGGGGCAAGGACGUGGAGCUCGUGGUCAACGUCGAGUUCUCCGCAAGUGAGUCUGUGCAUUUCGCGGUCGAAGACCUCGUAGAGCUUCGAGAGGCUGCAUGA